GCAAUAUCAAUGGUGCAACCAGUGCGCGUCAUGGAGCUGUCGAGUGUUUAAAGAACCCUGAGGUUCUGGCAGCGGAACUUGUGCACCGCGCUUGAGUAACGAUGACUGACUUGUACAAGACAUCCAGGCAAAGUAAAUAUAAACAAAAAACAGAGUAGCAUCCCUUCUUCAUCAGAAGUUGUAAUUUGAUGGACUAAAACCACAGGCUUCUGGAUUUUCUCAGAAAUUUUGAACGGUAAUGGGAGUCCAUGGCUUGUGGAAACUUCUUGAAAGCACAGGAAGGCCAAUAAACCCAGAGACUCUGGAAGGGAGGAUACUUGCUGUUGAUAUUAGCAUUUGGUUAAACCAAGCUGUGAAAGGCAUCCGAGACCGUGAAGGAAAUGCUGUUCAGCAUGCUCACUUACUCACUUUAUUCAAUCGGCUUUGCAAGCUCCUUUUUUUCAAGAUAAAACCUAUAUUUGUUUUUGAUGGAGAUGCACCUCUGCUCAAACUACAAACACUGGCUAUUAGAAGGCAGAGAAAGGAAGAUGCAGCAAAAGAGUCUAGGCAGACAUCAGAAAAACUACUCAAAACUUUUCUGAAAAGACAAGCCAUUAAAGCAACUUUGGGUGACAAAAAUCAAGAUGUUCUGCCUAGCCUUUCUAGUAUCCGAAGAGAAGAAGUGGAUGAUACUUACAAUUUACCUCCAUUGCAAGACAAGGAACUUGACAGUUAUGAAGAAGAAGCAGAAAGAGACUGGGAAGAGAUGUCUACAAACAGAAAAAAUUUUCAGGAACAAUUUUUUGAAGAUCCUAACUCUAUAAAUAUUGACUCGGAGGAAUUUGCCACUCUGCCUGCAGAAAUAAAACAUGAAAUUCUUAAGGAUAUGAAGGAGUUCAAUAAGAGGCGAAGAACAUUAUUUGAAGCACCCCCAGAGAAAUCAUCAGACUUUUCACAGUAUCAGUUGGCUGGCUUACUGAAAAGAAAUAAUUUAAACCAGCGAAUAGAGAAUGUUGAAAAAGAAAUGAACCACCAGACGUCCGGCCUCAUCCAGAAUGAGUUUGGCUUGGAUGGAGUCCAUGAAAGUAAUUUGGAAACGCGAAGGCUCGUUUCUGAAGAUACAUCACAUUACAUUCUUAUAAAAGGAACAAAGAAAACUGAGGAGAUUGCCAAGGAAAAUGAAACUGUACAUUCUAAAGCUAGUACUUCCACAUUAUGUGGCACGUUUAAUAAAAAACAAAUGCCUCUCUGGAGUCCCACUACUCAAAGUCAUCUGAGUGAUUCUACAUACUCUAGCCAUGCAGAAAAAAUGACUACGUCAGAAUUGAAGGAUGAAAAUAAUUUGGAAACAUUAGAAGCCCCACCUUCCCCAAGAACCUUGUUGGCCAUACAAUCAGCUAUGGAAGAUAGUUAUUCAGAUGAAGACUUUAAAAUAGAUGGCACUGAAACAGAAUCAAAAAAGAAAAGUGUUUGUAUGUCACAUAAUUAUAAUAAGGAGGCUGUGUCACCAAGAACACUCUUGGCCAUUCAGAAAGCUCUAAGUGAUAAUGAAGAAGUAAUACCUGAUUUACACUGCCCAAGUAACCAACCAGAGUUGAAGAAAGUAGGUUCCAUUUGUAGCUCAGAUGAGGAUAAAAAAGUAAUUGUGGAAAUAAUGCAUGAAAAAAGAAAAAAUUCACUAACAGUCUUUGAAGAUGAUCCAUUUCCUAAAGGAGUGAUGACAUAUCCAGAGAUAAGUGAAACAACUAAAAGCAAUUUUCAAUCUGAACCAAAGCACUCUUCUGAAAAAGAGUUUGCCAUAAAUUUGGAAAGUGUACCAAAUGAAGAUAUUUUAAAAACAAGCUCUGAAGCAUCACCUAAUUCACAUUCCACCAAGACCAUCACGGAUAUCACAGUAUUAUCACCUGAAAAUUUGAGUCAAAAAAUUAAUGAUCAUAUUAAAUUACUUUCUACAUCAGAUCACUCAUGUAAUGCAGAUAUUCCUGAAAAUUUAAAAAAAGAAAAUAUUAUGGUCUCUCUUUCCUCACAAACAUUAAAGCAAGAUUUAGUUUGCACAAAAAAUGUGGACAUGGAUGCAGAAACUGAACAAAGUGAUUCAGAAGAAAGCUUCAUUGAAGUUUCUGAAGAAUCUUCUUCCUCUGAACCAAUUGUUCAGCUUUCAGAAGAGGCAUAUAGAGCACCAGAAUUACAUUGUGAAUCUGCACCUUCUUCAAGUAUGCCUUCACAUCUGACUGUUUCUAAACCAGAAACCAUGCCAUCCACAUCAGAUGAGAAUUGUGAUGAGGAAGUGAAUGUGAACAUGCAGAAUGACUCAGGAAGGGAUAAGGAAAAAGAAGACAAGUCAUCUUGGGAAGAUAUAACUCUGGAGGAACUUGAAGUUCUUGAAAGGAACCUGUCUAUGCAGCAAAGCAACUUACAACAGCAGAAACAACAACAGGAACGUGUUGCUAAAACUGUUACAGGCCAGAUGUAUCUGGAAAGUCAGGAACUUUUGCGACUUUUUGGAAUUCCUUAUAUUGUGGCACCAAUGGAAGCAGAAGCACAGUGUGCCUUUUUGGAUAUUACUGAUCAGACCAGUGGUACUAUAACGGAUGACAGUGAUAUUUGGUUGUUUGGAGCACGAAAUGUUUACAAGAACUUCUUUAACCAAAACAAAUAUGUGGAGAAUUAUCAGCUUGUUGAUCUUCAGAACCAGCUAGGUUUAAAGUGCACCAGACUUGAACAAACAUCUAUGUGCAGUAGUUAAUUCAUGAAAGGAUGAAAAUACAGUGUGACGUAUAUUCUGUAGGUUUAAACCGAAGUAAACUAAUUAAUCUGGCUUAUUUGCUGGGUAGUGACUACACUGAAGGAAUCCCUGGUGUUGGAUAUGUCACUGGCAUGGAGAUUUUAAAUGAGUUUCCAGGACUAGGAAUAGAACCUCUAAUUACAUUUUC